GGAUGCGGAGAUCGGCCGUUAGUUUAUGGAAGAAAUGUCUCCAAGUCGUUUGGGGCGCGGCGAAACUCCGAGACUCGAGAAGAGCCAGCUAUCGAUCGAUAGCGACGCCUGUGCAGUGAGCGAAUCUGAGCUACGAUCAACGACCAUAGAGCCCAGCGAAACAAUCGCAUCGUCUCGUCGACAUAGCCUUCUUUCGACGAAUAUAAGAACGGUGUUGUCAGUGUUGAUGGUGUUAUCCUUUUCACGUGCUCCUGCCAGUGACGCAUAUUUCUUACGACUCGCUUCUAGCUUCUUCCUCGAUUUCAUUGGCCACGCAAGCGGUUGAACACGCUGUUCGCAACAGCGGCAUCUUUGGCACGACGAAACACGUCAUGUGGCUGACAGUGCAAGAUACACUAGAUGUGAGAGUGAUAUUGGAAUAUUCGUGCGUAUUUAUAGAAUCGCGCCGGCUUCAUUCGUGACUUCGGAAUCUUUCGCCAGCGACGAUAAUUUUACGACAAUGCAUUCAUAAUCGCGAUGAGAAAGUAUUAGAAGAAAGCUCGUUUCUGACGUAGUUGAUAUAAAUUGGCUGAAAAUGUUUGCAUAUUUUGUCACGUAUCGUUGCUCUGAAAACGGAGAAGAAACAUUGGACACUCAGCAUGACCUAAAUUCGCCAUUGUAUUUAAACCACUCUGCAACAAUCGGAAGAAAUUGGAAUAGCCAGAGCACGCAGAUAACAGAAACGGAAAUAAAUUGAUAAAUAAAUAGAGAUCGGACAUCGACGCAAGCGAAUACAAAAUGUCCGAAAGUGAAAUAAAGCCAGCCUCGCCGAUACCCACGGUUAUGUGCGCGCAUUGCUGUAGCAGCAGCGGUGGCAGUGGAGGAGGCAGCGGCGGUGGUGGCGGAAGCGGUAAUCUGACAUCCACGCAAUUUCCAGCUUUGCAAGUUACCUCACGAAUGCUGCGCUCGCCAAGCCACGAAAGCGUUACCACCGAUUUGUCACUCUUCAGUGUAUCUUCAAUUGCGAGUGAUCUGCGCUGUGCCAAUAGAUUAGUCACUUUCAAGUCGUACAGUGACGCGCAGCUUGUCGCACGAGGACCUUCUCCAAAACCGGAUUCUCGACAGAUUCAGGGUAACAGACCAGCAGAUAUUCCUGAAAUUCUUUGGUUUGAGGAAGAAAACGAGCUAAUACGUAGUUGCGGAGUUUUAUCAUCAGUAUUAGGAUUGCGUAAGAGCUUCAGCACGAGCGAUGUGUCACAGCUUCCCAAUCCAGACACGGCUGGAACCGGUGGCCUUCGAACAGCAGUAUCCGCUCUGGCUCUUGACACUGUCCAGCGCAAUUCCUUGCUGCUGGAACAUGCUAGACUUGAUCAUGCUUCAAGAUCCUGCAGCACCUGGGUCGCCGUAGGCGAACCUGUAGCCAGUACAUCUCAGCUUCCCAGCCCACAUGGUGGAGCCGCACAAGAACAGCAACAGCAGCUAUCACAACCACAACAGGCACAGCAACAAUCUUCCUCAAACGCUCAAUCAGUAUCGCAACUGCCGCCGCAGCCACCAGUGCCGCCGCCACCGCCUGUGCCCUUUACAGGAGCGGAUCUAGUUAGGUCCGUCAAUAAGAAAGUCAGACAAAAUUAUAUACGACGAAGAUUACUUACUACGUACCGCGCUUUGGAGCGUCUCUCGCAGAGCGAAUUUAAUUUAGACCAAUUAGAAGCAGCAGCUACCGCGGCGCAAACUUCUCAUGGAACUACUUUAUUAGUGCCCGGAUCAGCCGCGCGGAUUCCUAGUACUUCUUUGAUUGGACGAAAGGAACGAAAUCAUGCAUUGACGGUCCGGGAUGUUGAAAGAGAACGUGGAAAUCAGUUGUCUAAAUACGAGAGAAAUAUGAUGAUCUUCAAUUGGCUUCACACUUUAGACGACAGCGCAGUUGUAGACAGCGUUGAAUAAGAGACAAGAAGAUUCUGUCAUUGUUUCUCGCAACUCCGAUAACAUGCGAUUUAUCGUGCCUAAGUCCCUUCUUUUUCGGUACUACUUCAUCGAAAGAACACUUCAUUGAUAUAGGACACCAAUUAUCGCAUCUCGGAGGAUAUCGUUAUUCGUAAGACUUUGAAAUAUAGUCAUAUUGAAUUAUGACAUCUAUAGCGAAAGAUUAUACAAAAAUAUUUUCUUGCACUAUAUAUUGAAAUAAGUUAGUUUCUUUGCGUACAUUUCUAGUCAUAUUCAAUAAAAACAGUAAAACGUAUUGAAGAUUUUUUUUGUAACUUUUUUUUUCAUUAAUUCCUUUGUCUAAUAAAUAUUGGAUUUAUUUGGAUGCAUUACUGCUGAAUGAAACCGUUAAAUAAUUUAUUUGUUUCACAUUUUCUUGGCAUUUAUAUAAAUUAUGGUUUUUAGGCGGUAAAAAAAGGGGUAACAAAGGAAAAGGAUAAAAUGGCUAUUUAAUCUUUAACAUUCAGCAGAGUCUGUAUCUAUCAUGUGUUAAUAAAUGGCUGUGUAAUCUAGUCUAUACAUAUGCUAUGUUUCUAACGAGAAAAUAAGUGUCUUAUGAUUAUUUGUAAGAUUGAUAGCUAUCUAUUAAGACUUACCUGUCCACUCAAUCCACACAAUCCAUGCAAUCAUAUUAUUUAUAUAUAUAUUAAAUUAUGAUAUAGAAACGAGAAAUCAUAUGAGUUAUUCUUACGAUAUAUAAUAUAUGGAAAUACAUGGAAAUAAAUAAAUUUUUUUUUUAAUACGACCAUUUAUGUUUGAUAAUUGUGUAGAUUAAUAAAAUAUAACAAGACUUUUUUUUAGCAAAGAUGGAUUUUGCAACAAUUGAUCAAAAUUAUUUAUUAAUUCAUAAAUAAAAAAAAAUUUUCAGUAUAUUUUACUAAUCUAUAUCAAUAUUAUCAAACAAAGAUGCAUUCGAAAAAACAUUUUUAUUUCAAUAUUUUUCGCAAGAGUAAAACUUGUACGAUUUUUUGCUUGACAUCAUAAUUCAAUACGGCUGAAGAUGUAAGCCUUAAUUUACGAAUCAAAAAAAAAUCUGACAAAUUUCACAAACUUAUUUUAGUGAAUAUAAAUAAUAAUGUGUAAAGAAGCUAAUUUAUUCCAACUAUAUUGCAAGAAUAAAUUAUUUCUAUAUAAAGUAUUAUAUAGCAUAUAAUAUAUGAUUUCAUAUCAUAUAUGAGAUCAGGAUUCCAUUCCUGAUAUUUUAACUCAAAAUGGCUGCAGGAACGAGUCAUAAACGAGUCAUCUAAUAAAAAUUAAAUGAAUUAAAGGAAUUAAAAUAAGAUAUCCGUCCCUUCUUGUCUAGCAAUAUCGGUGUUGCUGUGACGAAUGUAUCUAAAGCAUCUUGUAUAAAAUAAAAGUUUUACCGGCUACAUACAAAGUACUCAUACAUGCAAUAUCUCAUAAUGAAUUCGAACGCUUGACUAUUUUGCACUAAUGCACAUUAAAAUCCAUACAAGUUAUUCAAGAAUGGAAACAUAACAUAUAAGUAUCUUGGUUAAUAAAUUUUCCUCUUCUCCAUUUCCAAAAUUCUUUUUAAAUAAUGUUAUGAUAUUAUUUUAGCAUGAUAUACAUUAAAUAUUUUAUCAGUAAAGCUAUUUAUCUCUUAUGUUAUUGCAUAUUCUUUUAUAAAACUUUAUAUAUAACAAAUUUUAUAUUUUUAAUUAAAUGGAAAAACUCACAGAUAAAAGCACAAGUCUUAUAUAUCUUGUUUCUGUGAUUAAAUGAUUCACGAUUUCUUUAUAAUAGAGAACUUACCAAAAAUUCAAAAAUCAAUCAAUUGAGAAACUUAAAUUUGAAUUCGAUUUUAAAAUUCAAAUUAGAUUUACAGAUUAAUUAAACUUGCCGCAUUAACCUUUUUUCUUAUUAUUUUUGUUUUUUAAUCUUUAUUAUUGAUCAACUUUAUGGCCAUUGUUUUUAUGACCGUACCGAUCGCAUGUCAACAUUAUCAGUUAUCAUAUUAUAUUCUAAACACAGACUUCUAUGCAGGAUGUUUCGUAAACCGGAUCACCUGUCGUGUGAAUGGGCUAAUCUAAGUAGAAAAGUCCUCUACCAUUUUGUAAUAUUUAUAAUAAUUAAUGAUAUUAAUUUAAAAAGAUUAGCCAAUUAGCAUAAAUAAAAGCGCAUUGGGAAACAGUGGAUGGAGCGCUUUACAAAGACUAUGCUUACUAAAGGCUAAAAAAUAGAUAUGUACGAACGAUGGGGCGGAAAUCACUCGUCCAUAGUCAUACAUAGUUACGCGCCGCUUGCACAUAGUCAUUGUCCUUUAUAGAGCGCCCCUCCUAUUGCUUCUCAAUACAAUUUUAUUUACGCUGUGAUUGGCUAAUCUUUGUAAAUUAAUAUCUCAUUAAUUAUUAUAAAUAUCGCAAAAUAGUAGAAAACUUUUCUACUCAGAUUAACCCGCUUUACCUGCACACGACGAGUGAUCCGGCUAUUACGGGAUACUCUAUAUGCUAUAUAAUAUACCUUGCUAACAGCGUGAUAGAUGAAGCCAUUUCCA